CCACGGUACUUUGCGAUUUAGCUUAGGCCAGUUUAGGCGGGAAGAAUAUAGUAGAAUAAUCUCAGAGUAUGUAUAACGGCAUAACGGUUACGACUGAUGUUGAGUUAUAGUAUUUCGAUUUAUUCAAAAAGAUUGACCGUCUAAAUUAAAGUUUAGAAUAGUUGUGAAAAUAAAUUGGUAAAAAAUGGCACAAAAGAUAUCGAAAGAUUAUACAAAAGCUAGAGAACUAUUUAAGACAUUUUUGACGGAGUUUGUGGUAAUAGACGAUGAUACUGGUGAAAAAAUGUUAAAAUAUAGAAAGCAACUCGUCGAUAUAGCUCAUCGUGAACAAGUAGAUCUCACAAUAGAAUUAGACGAUGUUCAUCAAUUUGACGACGAAUUAGCAGAAUCGAUUGCAAAUAACACUCGAAGAUAUGUUAAUUUACUUUUAGAUCUUAUUCAAGAGAUGUUGCCCGAUCUUAAAGAAAGACCUGUUCCUCCAAAAGAUGCUUUGGAUAUAUAUAUCGAACACAGAUUGUUGAUGGAAAGUCGUAAUAGACACGAUCAACAUAAUCCAAGGAAUAAAUACGCUCCAGAACUUAUGAGACGCUUCGAAGUAUACUUUAAGAACUUUGAUGCAUCAAAGGAAUAUUCUGUGCGAGAUAUAAAAGCAGAUAAAAUAGGAAAGUUGGUUACAGUACGAGGUAUAGUAACAAAAUGUAGCGACGUAAUGCCCUUGCUUGUCGUCGCUACGUACACGUGUGAUCAAUGCGGUGCCGAAACAUUUCAACCAGUACAAUCUUUAAAGUAUAUGCCACUGCGAAUGUGUCCGAGCGACGAUUGCCGUAUAAAUAAAUCUGGUGGUGUAUUAGAUAUGCAAACAAGAGGAUCAAAAUUUGUAAAAUUUCAAGAAAUAAAAAUACAAGAACACAGCGACCAAGUUCCCGUGGGUCAUAUUCCAAGAAGUUUAACAGUGUAUUGCAGGGGUGAAAAGACAAGAAAAUGUUUACCAGGAGAUCAUGUACUUAUUACGGGUAUCUUUCUGCCUAUCGUAAAAUCUGGUUUCACUGCUCGGCUUGGUGCAGCUCUUUUGAAUGAAACAUAUAUAGAUGCCCACCAAAUUGUUUGCCUCACUAAUUCGCAAACCAUCGAUGAUAGCAACGCCAUGUUGACAGACGAGGAAUUGUCUUUGUUAAGUCAGGAUGAUUUUUACGGGAAAUUGGCUAGUUCUAUAGCUCCAGAAAUUUAUGGACUCGAAGAUGUUAAAAAAGCUCUGUUAUUACUUCUUGUUGGUGGAACAGAUAAGCAUAGGGAGGAUAUUAAAAUUAGAGGUAAUAUCAAUAUUUGUUUGAUGGGUGAUCCAGGAGUAGCCAAGUCGCAGUUACUUUCGUUUAUAACAAGGUUGGCUCCUCGAUCUCAAUACACAACUGGAAGAGGAUCUUCCGGAGUUGGUUUAACCGCUUCCGUUAUGAAAGAUCCUCUAACCGGUCAAAUGAUGCUCGAAGGAGGAGCUUUAGUAUUAGCAGAUCAAGGUGUUUGUUGUAUCGAUGAAUUCGAUAAGAUGGCAGAUGCGGAUAGAACGGCUAUUCACGAAGUGAUGGAACAACAAACAAUAUCGAUUGCUAAAGCAGGAAUUACAACUCGCUUGAAUGCAAGAGUCUCGAUAUUAGCUGCUGCAAAUCCUGCUUAUGGUAGAUACAAUCCAAAGAGAACAGUUGAACAAAAUAUUCAGUUACCUGCUGCUUUAUUGUCGCGAUUCGAUUUAUUAUGGUUGAUUCAGGAUCGAGCAGAUCGUAGUAACGAUUUAAAAUUGGCAAAACAUAUAACUUACGUUCAUCAACACGGUAUACAACCUCCUAUGGAAUCGCAAGCCUUGGAUAUGAAUUUAAUUAGAAAGUAUAUUAUUUUAUGUAAAACGAAACAACCUGUAAUUCCUGAAGAAUUAACAGAUCACAUAGUUGAAUCUUACGUAGAAAUGAGAAGGACAACCCGUAAUAGUCACGAUAGAACUUUUACAUCCGCUCGUAAUUUACUAGCAUUGCUACGUUUAUCGACUGCAUUGGCCCGUCUAAGAUUAGUAAACGUCGUCGAAAAACCAGACAUCGACGAGGCGAAUAGAUUAAUCGAGAUGUCUAAACAUUCUAUCAACUAUUCCGAAACGUUGAUAACAAACGUAAACCAGAAUCCAAUGAAUCGAAUCUUCCAUCUUAUUCGAGAGUUGGCGGGUGAGAAGAAAACUGUUAAAGUAUCAGAUAUUCUGGAACGAUGUACAAGUAAAGGAUUUAAACCCGACCAAAUUAACGAUUGCAUCGAAGAAUACGAGGCACUGAACGUAUGGCAAGUGAAUCAACGAAGAACGCAAAUUAUAUUUAUAUAAUUAUUCUACAGAUAAUGUACUUUUAUAUAUUCGUAACUAUUUUUAUACAUAUUUUUUGUACUUUUAUUAUGAAAAAAAUUGACUCGACGCGUUUAUAAAAUGGCCUUUACAGUAGUGCAACUGGGUACAAUAAAUAAAUUAUUUUAUUUCUAAAAUACCUUUUCGU